AUGUUCGCUCUCGCUGAGUCUUUUUUCCCACUACCCGAUUCCGUCAAAGCAACGGUCCCCUGGAACCCCAACAACGUCGGCUGGGAGAAGAAGGGCCAGGUGCGGCCGUCGACUGGCAAACCCGACCAGAAGGAGUCAUACAAGCUGCAGUUUGGCGAGAAUGUGGACGGGCUGUGGCUGGACGAUCAGUAUCUGACCGGGUUCAGAGAGACGUGCCUGGCAUUCAUGCAUCAGAUACAAGAGGUUUCAGAACUCCUGAUGCGUUGUUUCGCACGCGGACUGGGCUUCCUAGAUGAUUUCUUCAUCAAAGCACACGAUAUCUCGAGGCCGAAAGCACAGACAACAUGCCGAUUGCUGCACUACUCUGCCCUCCCGCCGCCGUCCGAGUCACCGGCAGGGGCAGGUGCAGAAGGCCAGCCCUACCUCAGCGCGGGCGCGCACGUCGACUGGGACUUCCUCACCCUCCUCUUCCAGAAAGAGGGUCAGUCGGGCCUGGAGACCUGCCCGAGACGGGAGAGCGUCACUGAAUUCGGGAUUGGAGACGAAUGGACCAAGAUCGAGCCAAGGACGGGCGAGAUCCCGUGCAAGGAUGCGGUGAUUCAGGGGCCUUUGAAGAAGUAUCCGCCGGUCACAGGCGAAGAGUUCAAUGCUAAUGCAAUGGAGAGGAAUUUCAAGGCGUUGCAGGAGAAACUGAAGGUUUUAAAGAGUUAA